UAGGCCCAGGUCCCUAUGCACGCCGCUUUGAUGGAUCUCAUCCGCUUCAACUCCGCCGUUCAGCCUUCCUCCUCCUGAAGCAGAUCUUCUCCUCCGACAUGCUCCUGAUGAGGACUGCUCCUGCCCCGUCACUCUUCAGGCCUCCUCCCGACCCACCACCGUGUGGCCACUUCCAUGGAUCUCUUCAGCUUCAGCCCAGUUCUUCAGUCUCCAACCCUAUAAAGCAGGUCUCCUCUCCCAUGGCUCCGGUGGUGACUGCGUCUCCUCCAUCGCCACUCCAUCUACCGCAUUCUCCGUUGCGACUCCGUCUUCCUCCAGAUCUACCGCCGCCGUGGUCGUGUGCUACUGUGCCGUUUGAAUCUCUCUCCCCGCCGGAACCACCGGACCCUUCCGACGCUUCCUUAAGCCUCGUCAUUCAUCGGCUCUUUGACACACCAUUCACCUUUUCUCAAGCAUCUUUCAACAUUCCAAAUCUGGCUAGUGAUGUAUGCAGUGUGAUUUUUAGCCGACUUGUUGUUUGGAGACGUCACUGUUCUUCUCUUACUUGUGUUGGUUCGCUUACUCUCCCGUUUAUUAUGAUUGAAGGAAAACUCGUUGAUACGCUUAUCCCGGUGAAUCGGGUUAUGGAGGAAUUUCAUUACCCAAUGGAUUCCUUUGUGGAGCAGUUUCUUUUCCCAAUAUUUCUUUCUAUGUGGAGUGAAUUGGAUGGCCAAGCGUCGCUAGUAUUGCAAGGAUCUUCCUCCUGGCUGAUGCUCUUCUCUGCCUUUGUUGCAGUGUUUGUGACAUUUGAGGUUACACGGUAUGCAAUUAUUCAAGAAGAUUAUGAGAUCUUUCUAUUUUUUAUGGUCUCUUGUAAUGUUGUGUAUCGUCAAUCUAUCUUUUGCUUAAUCUAUGUUUGGUUUGUUCAGCCCUUAGUGGCUUUGAUGUACUCUCCUUGUAGAGAAAAACUCUUUUAAAUUUCUAAUGGAAGCUUGGUUUGAACAAAAAAAGCCACAUGUUCUUAUCC